GAGAAAUUGAAAGAAGAAGAGUAGGCCCAAGUUCAACGAUAUUCGAUAGAAGGUCUGUGGUGUCGUCCUCCCUCUCAAACCAGAAUUCGAUUCUCUCUCUCGAUAGAGAUAGGGUUACAGAUCCAGAACCUGCUGCUGUAAAUGGAGAUACCAUCAAAUGAAAUUCCAGAGCCCUCGGCGAAUUCAACCGGUGAUGCUGAGCAGCAGCAACAUGAUGUUGUUGUGGUUCCUGAUGCAUUGAAUCACGGAUCCAAGGACUCCAAGCACGAGAUUGCUGAUGGUGAAGUUAGAGGCAUACUAGAAGUUAUUGCAUCCACUGGGAGUUUUUGGCAUGAUUGGGACAAAUUAAAGAGCAUGCUAUCCUUUCAGCUGAAGCAGGUUCUGUCAGAGUAUCCUGAUGCAGAAAAGACUAGUGAGCAGCAAAUUACUACUUUAGGAGAAACCUACCUAGAACUGGUGAAGAGGUUGGAUGAAGCUCUUCAUGGUUUUACCGAAGGUCCUCCAUUUACCCUUCAGAGGCUUUGUGAGAUCCUAUUGGAUGCACGCAGCAUCUACCCGAACCUCUCAAAGCUUGCUCUAGCUCUAGAAAAGAACCUAUUGGUGACAUCUAUGCUGACAAUCUCAACGGAUCCGUAUCCACAAUCAGUGUUGCAAAAGACAGAUGAACCAGAAAAAGCAAGUGAAGAACCUAAACUUCACUCUGACUCGGUGCAAAAUGGGGUGGAACCUAUGGUAGGUGACAGGGAUGAAGUAAUGGUAGAGGUUGAGCAGGCCGAUAUCGACGAUGACAUGGCCAUUGCCAUGGAAGCUUUUGAAGAUAUAGUUGGGUCAUCAGAAACAAAUUCAGUGCAGACCAAUAACUCUUAGUCUUCAAGUGGAGUCAAGAUAUCGCCUGUUCUACAAAGCUCACUGGUUGAUAUGUUUUCUGUUGAACAGAGACCCUAUUAAGGUCCGAAAGUCUACAUGAGAAAUCUGGUAUUCGGCUUGGUAAGCCAUCAAGUUAGCAGCAUAGGGAAACAUGGAUCUGGCCGCAUAGAUUCACAUUCUUAUCAUAUAUGUAUGCUUGAUUGAUGUAAUAAUACAAUAUGAGCAGUUAUAUUGAUAACCAUCAAUUGGCAGAGGAAGUAUGAAGGGAAAGAAGAUGAUGAUGAUGAUGGAAUUUAGCUCUUUUGUAAA